ACAUUCAACAAAGGUCGAGCGAGGCUUUGUUCUGCAAAAGUUUGUGAAUUUUUGUCAGGUUUAUCGGAAAUUCCCCGGAAAAAAAUAUUUAAACAUGAGCAAACCGGUCCGGCUGGCAUCCUUCUGCCGUCUUUGCUUAGUUAAAUCCAAUGCCUCAAAAGUGUCCAUCUUCGAGGACCAAAGCGGUUCCGUGCUGGAUCUGCUCAAGCUGAUCGAACUCGAGAUCAACGCCACCGAAGAGCCCAACGCCGUAAUUUGCUUCGAGUGCGUCGUUACGCUCGAAGGCUUCCAGCAGUUCAAGGAGCAGUGCCACACGAACGACGAAUUCCUGAAGACGGUUCCACCGGCCGGGGAAGGAGAAGAGGAGGAGGAGGACGCUGCAUCGUGCGCGUCCAGCGAGUUGAGUUGCCAUUUUUUGGAGGACGAUCCGAUUGGGGUGGAGGAGGAAGGUGAUGACGACGGUGUCGGGUUGGAAAUUUUGAACGCGGACAGCGAGCCGGAAGAGGGACUGGUGCUGGACGAAGAGGAGGUUUGUGAUGAGCCGAAGGCGAAGAAAGCGAAGGUUGCCCUGAAGAAGUCGGUUCCGAAGCUGGACCUUGAGGAAAUUGACCGCCAGUGCAAGGAGCACAACAUAAAGGUGCAUCGAAAAGUUGAAGGGCCGACGCUAGACGACCUGCAAGUGCUGAAGGAUUCGUAUCCGGAUUACUUUUACUUUGAAAAGGGCACACAAGCGCGGUACUACAAGCUUGUGUUCUACGGCGAACGGUUCCACGUGUCCAACUUCACCGAACGGUACACGUACUGGAUGUGCAUGCACCGGAAGAAGCGCAACUGUCCAGCGCAGAUUUGCGUGCGGAACGACUACGGAGAGUUUGAGCGCCGGCACGAACACAACCACGGGGAACUGAAGGAAAAGGAGGGGAAGGCGUUCACGCCGCGCCAGGCCCUGCCGGAACUGUUCGAGAUUUGCCGCAGUCGGGUGCUGCACAAAACCGCGAUGAGGCGGAAGAAGAUUCUGGAGCGGAAGCUGAAGGAGCUGGAGGAAGGCCCGGAUACGGACGAGGAGGUGAACAGCAAGCCGGCGGCCGGGUUGAAGCGCGUUCUGAGGCAGAGCGGCGUUAUGGACGGGUUGGAGGAGAGUGAUGAUGGCGAGAGUGACGAGUGGAACGAGUAAAGAGAGUUGUGUUGUGUUCUGAGA